AUGGUCAUCAGUCCUCUGCAGGUGGUACGUCCGCUGGACUCUGCAUUUAUGGCCACUGGAAUGGACUAUCUCCUAGACGACUCUUCGGAAGAUGAGCAAAAGAUUUAUGCCAUGGACGCCGAUAUCCCGACUCACGUUGUUGCCGACUUUGUGCAAUUCUGCCAGCACGGCCGCCUGCCCACGGGUCAGCAGAGCAGGUCACGACUGUUGUCUGCAGAAGAUGUAAAGCUUUUAUGUACUCCGUAUUCUUCCUGGGCAAGCGCUACAUCACUGAGUCAGAAGCUAACUUCAAGCGCCAACGAGCUGGCUCGAAAGGAAUGUCUCCCGCGGAAACCUUCCUCGGCGGACGAUCAGAGCGCUCGCUGCACUUUCGUCGAGAAGCCUAUCGCGGCGUUGAAGGCACGACUCUGGGCUGGAGUUGCCCCUGUUUCUGACUCUCGUUGGGAAACGAUGGGUUUAAACAAACAGAGUCAAUUCAGGCUCGCUCGCCAGCAGAUGUCCAUGGUCGUCAACACAUUCCUCUAUAUAAACGGUAAUGUAAGCUUAUUGAAUAGGCGAGAGACAUAUAAUGCAAUUUACGCGCACUACUCCGAGUUUGACUCUGCGCUGGAACAAGUCAGAGAAAACGAUACUGACGGACCCCCUCGUGUCGCAAAGCUAUGGGCUGAGUACAUAUCAGACCUCUUCACAUACAUGCCUGCGAAAGCACACUCAUGGAUCCAUGCACGCGCUGUAUCUCUAUGGGCUGACAUCAUGCGCCGCAUCGCCAACCAGAAGCCCGAAACGACAGCCAAACCCAUAGUACACCUAUCGAGACAGGCCAAAAUGCACAACAAUGUCGUACACAUCUUGAUCCAAGCAGACACUGCGUUUACCAUGCCCACUCAAGGAUUCGACGGCAUAAAACAACCAUCUGUGCCUCCUCAUUUUGAUUCUAAGGGAGCUAAGCCCAUCAGCGCACAAUUUGACGUUGAUGUCUUUCAUACAGCAUUCUUGAAACGUUUUCGUUAUCUCAACACACUCACCGAGUUCAAUGACGCAGAGUUGCGCCGCACAGCGACCAAAGAGUGGUUCACCAAGAAAGGGAAGUCCGUCGAAAAAAACCGUGCCAGUGUAAGGCGUGAACUAUGCGGUCAGGAAGAGACAUAUGGGACAAAGUGGAUUGCUGACGUCCAGCACGCAGCCCCAGAAAGGCCUCGAAGGAUGGGGUUCGUGUUGUAUCGCAUGAACGCUAAAGAGACUGAAACCGAUGAGCAAUGGGGCGACUUCCAGUGCAAAUUCUACAAGGCUGCGAUGAACUCCGAUCUGCAGCAAGUAAAGCAUCACUGUGUGAUCCAAUGGGAAGAUGCACGGCACCUACAGCCAAUGAAGAAGACGUUGGAGCAAGAGUGUGACUUCAGCAAGACCAAAGAACACUUCCAAGCUCUCACGGCGUCAUCAGACUUCCACCCCUCGCUCCGUACAGACUGCUUCCUCGUCGCCGACUCGUGUAGCGUGCAAAGCUUCAUGCAGCCAAACACAAACGAACCGGAUUGUGAGUGCGGGCCUAGUAUCCUCGCCAUUGACACCACUUGGACGGCCCCGGCCGCACACGACAUUCUACGCCUGCACAUAGAGGCCGGCUACAACGGUCGACUACGCGUGCUAGCUGAGGUGCUAUGGGACGACUUUGCUGCGCUCCUGGUGUCUGACGCGCAGCGCAUGGUGGAUCUGUGGCCGCUGGCUAAGCAUCAUCCGAGUAAGGUGUACAUUGGCACUGUAGUUCAGGCACACAAAAUCCUCUGGCAGGAUAAGGAGUUGCCGAAGGAUGAAACAUGGACGCACUUUGUGCGCUUUUUGAGGGAUAAUAGAAUGAUUCCUGAGAGAGAUGAUGAGAGGUGGACCGUGAAGAACUCGUGA